UUCACUACUUGUUAUUCUUCCUUGUAAUGCGUAUUUUUGCACAUAUUGAGGAUGUCGAUCUCAAAUGAAAAAAAAAACUAGGUAUUUAUGGGAAAUGAUGGUACGUCUCUCGUACAUCGAAAAUUUGGCAAGAUUUGUUUUAAUUUUCAAUUUGACUUUAAUACAACUAUAUCUUUUUAUAGAGAGUCCUCAAAGGAAACAUACAUCUGUUUAUGCGGCAAUUAUUAAAGACUGCAACCCCGGUUUUACAGGACGAUAUUGUGAACUUCCUUGUUCAUAUCCAGGAUUUGGGAAGGGAUGCCAGGAAACGUGUAAUUGUGUAAAGGAAUAUUGUGAUGAAGAAAAUGGUUGCAAAGAUGGUUCUCAAACGUUUUCCUCCACAACAAUAAAAGGCACAACUAAGCUGCAUUUCACAAGGAACAUUUUAAUAUGUCAAAAUGGGUUCAUUGGAAUGAAAUGUGAAAAUAAAUGUCGAUACCCAAGUUAUGGCAGCAAUUGUCAGCUAGAAUGUUUGUGCAUUGAGGACCUGUGCAAUCAUGUCUCCGGAUGUCACACAAAUGAUGAGAGCAUUGGUAAGAAUACCGUUCAUACUACCUCUGGAUUUAUUGGAUUCACUAAAUCUGAUAGUGUUUUGACCACAGAGCGAAAUCAUCAAAGCAAGAAUAGGAAUGCUAUAUCUGAAACCAAGAAGACGACCAGCAAACGUUUCUCAAGUAUUCUGCUACAAAGUAUACUUGUUCUUGGAAUUCUUGCAUCCUUUCUGUUCAUUCUGUAUGUCUGUACAUUUGUGAUGUCAUCAUAUGGACGAUUCCGUGCUCAUCAAGAAAGGGAGUUUAUCUUUGAAAUAAACCAUGAUCCGAUAUGACUAUGAAAAAUCGAAGGAGAGCAGCGAAUGUAAUAUACCUGGGAUGCACCUAAUCAAAAAAGACUAAUGGGUUUAAAGUAUUUCAGAAACUACCUGACAAAAUUGAUCAUUUGUAUGCCCUGCUCAGAGAUACCAAUUUGUUAUUUUGUUACUAUAUAUUAUAUUAUUUACAACCAUAUAUUAUUAUCAUAUUGUGAACAUAUUUUUAUGUGUUUGAGAGAGAGAGAGAGAGAUGGAGAUCGACACACAAUUAUGACGAGAAAGUUAGACAAACAAAAAGACAAAUCUAUGUGUAGUUGUAUUUUUUCAGUCUUACAUGCACUCGCAAUACUGUAGAGAGAAAAGGUUUUGGUCUUAAAAUCAUAUUCAGCAUUAAUGUAUAUCACUUUUAUACAUGUAUACAAAAACACAUUUUACUUCUUGGUAUAUCUGAUAGAUCAACUUUACUUUCUUAAUCUCCUAUUUAUAAAUAGUACGAGAUUGAAUGGUAACUUUUUCAGUAGUACAUGUAAUAAUUAUCUAGAAAAUAUUUUUGCGUUAUUCUUGUGCUGAAAGAAUUUGAGCUGAAUCAUUUAGCUUACCUGAACUGAUUUUUUCUGAUUACAUUUUGUCCGUUGUGCUGUUAUUAGAAAGAUUUCAUUUUAUAGUUAUCUGUUUUGUGGUACAAGUUAUCUAUUUACAGCGUGGUAUUCUUAUGUGUUGUAAAGUGUAGGAUUGGGAUACAGCAUAUAUAGGUUUUUCUCUCACUUUGUUUGAGUUAAUGAUAUGAAUUAUAAUGAGAGAUGCUCUGUCUGAGCGAAUAACACACUGUAUUUUUUCUUAUCUCGAAACGGGGAUCAUUUGCACC